AAUGCAAUCCCAAGGAAACAAACAGUAGCUUACAAUUGGGUUACCUUUAUUAAACACGUGCCAGCCAAGUAGUCAAGGACAAACUCGAAGGUUAAAAUAUCUGCACCACACAGAAAACAAAGAACUAUUCAAAGCAACAUUCAAAUAAUAUUCAAAUAAGAAAAUGGUCUUGACCUUACCGACAUGGCCGCGCCGUUUCCCGCUUUAAUUAUGAAACAGUUGCAUAAAAUCUCCUUCAAAAUAAAACAAAUUGUCAGCCAAACACCUGAUUAGUCACACAUCACUGAAGAUACUGCAAGAUAACAUGUUUUCAGCAACUGUGGCACGAAAGGUUGUUCUUUCUGUUUGCCGGGCAUCACUGCGUCCAGGUGUCACCACAGUGAUUUCUCUGGGAUACCGUGGUGAUGCCCCAGAACCGACCAUCAUUGAGAUCCCACUGCCUCCGUGGCAGGAGAGGACAGGAGAAUCCCUGGACAUCAAGAGAAAGAGACUACUAUACGAGAGCCGCAAGAGAGGCAUGCUGGAGAACUGCAUCCUUCUGAGCCUUUUUGCUAAGCAGUACCUGAACACAAUGAGUGAACCCCAGCUAAAGCAGUACGACAGACUCAUCAAUGAACCCAGCAAUGACUGGGACAUCUACUACUGGGCAACAGAGGCUAAGCCAACACCUGAUGUGUACCAGAGCGAGGUGAUGGACAUGCUCAAAGAGUUCGCCAAGAACAAGGACAUGGAGCAGCGUCUGGAUGCCCCUAAUCUGGAAUAUCUGGACAAGAGCAAUUAAAACUCACCCUUCUGUCAGAGACUGUCAUAGCAAAUCUGAAACUGAACUCACCUCGGACACCAGACCGAUUCAAAAUCAUUUGAAAGGUUCCUGGGAUUAAAUAUUUCUACAGUGACUAACAUGUACAUUAUGUAUUGGACAGUUUGCAGGCACACAUAAAUAAAAUGUUCAGCAACUU